AAUAGCUCUGCCAUUGCUCUAAUAAGUUUGACAAGUUGGUCCCAGGCCCUGGCCAGGAAGCUAAUAAACUUCAAGUUGCUUUUCUAUUGUUUUCCUAAAACAAUUUGACUUCCUUUCUGAUAGCCUCAAAUUCCUUCAAUAAAAAUAGAGUAGCUGGGAGCCAGAGGAAGAGCUGAACUUGAGCCAAGUUGUGCUUACAAUGCUGCCUGCGUAAGAUCACAUUUUUAUCCUGAUCCAUGAAGACUCUUUAAAAGAAUACCAGGCAGACAGCUGCCAGUGCAUGUCAGGAACAGCUUGGGAGCGAGUCUCCCCCAGCAUCGGUCCUCCAGGCUUGAGGCAACCUCCAGCCGGUGAGCCAGUGUCAGACCAUAGCAGGAGGCUGAGCUCCUGGGAGCUGACUGGGGUUUGCUUACCCUAUCCAGAGUGUUCUCCCUCAGACACGGAUCUCUUCUGGGAGCCGAACGCUGACAGAGAGGUGGGCUCCAGCAAGACCAAGGGGCUGUGCUAAAGCUCACCCUUCAGUCAACUUCACCUGCUCCUCCCUCUACCUGUGCAGUCUCAGCAAAAAGAGAGGCUGUGUCCAAUUCUCCCUUCAACACUUCUCACCCCUCCUGGUGAGCAGAAAUGGGGGACUGGAGUUUCCUAGGAGAGUUCCUCGAGGAGGUCCACAAACACUCCACAGUGGUGGGGAAAGUCUGGUUGACCGUGCUCUUCAUCUUCCGGAUGCUGGUGCUGGGUACAGCAGCUGAGUCCUCCUGGGGGGACGAGCAGUCUGACUUCAUGUGCGACACCCAGCAGCCCGGCUGUGAGAAUGUCUGCUAUGACAAGGCUUUCCCCAUCUCCCAUGUCCGGUUUUGGGUCCUCCAGAUCAUCUUUGUCUCCACCCCAUCUCUAGUAUACAUGGGCCAUGCAAUGCACACCGUGCGCAUGGAGGAGAAGAGGAAGAUGAAGGAGGCAGAAAUAGAAGCCCAUGAGAUGAAGAACAACGGUGACACAUACUACCAGCAGAAGUGCCCCGUGGCAGAGAAGGCUGAGCUGUCUUGCUGGGAUGAAUCAGGAGGCAAAAUCAUACUCAGGGGCAGUCUGCUGAACACCUACGUCUACAGCAUUUUGAUUCGCACUGCCAUGGAAGUGGCCUUCAUUGUGGGACAGUACAUCUUGUACGGGAUCUUCCUGGAGACACUGUAUAUCUGCCAGCGGGCACCUUGCCCCCACCCUGUCAACUGCUACGUUUCCCGUCCCACAGAGAAGAAUGUGUUCAUCGUCUUCAUGCUGGCUGUGGCAGUGCUCUCCCUAUUCCUCAGUCUGGCUGAGCUGUACCACUUGGGCUGGAAGAAAGCCAAAGAGAGGUGCUCCCGGUCUUACAAACCCAGCCCCAGCACAGCCCCCGGCAGAUUGGAGUCUGCCCCGCAAGUGGAAAGGGCCCAGAUGUACACACCUCCACCAGAUUUUAACCAGUGCUUGUCAAGUCCCAACGGGAAGUUCAUCAGCCCCUUCAGCAACAAGACGGCCUCCCAGCAGAACACUGCCAACUUCGCCACCGAGAGAGUCCAUGGCCAGGAGGAUGCCGCUGGCGAAGGGCCCUUCAUUAAGUCCAGCUACGUGGAGAGUCCAGAGGUGGCCAACGAAUGCGCGGCACCCGCCUUCCCCGAGAACUACUUCAAUGAGAAACGCCGGUUCAGCAAGACCAGCCGUGCCAGCAGCAAGGCAAGGUCAGAUGAUUUGUCUGUGUGACCUGCCUCCAGGAGGGAUGAGGAGAAGGAGCAGUCUUAGCACUUAGUAAAACUUCUGCAAAGCGGACUCCAGUCUCUUGCCACUAGGCUCUCUCUGUUUUAACACGCUCUUGCUCCUUUUCAGUGAACAUCAUUGUUAUAUUGCAGACAGCACCUCUCACAGCUUAAGGCAGGGACAGCCACUGGGAGACAUGCAUGGAAGAGAAGCACCAAUCUCGAGAUGUGAAGCUCUCGGCCAUAUUUUCAUCAUGGGACCCACAGGGAUUGGAGACUCACCAUCUUUACCCUGGUAGAGCACAGGCCAGAAGACUCCUGAGGCUGCCCAGCUGGUACCCACCGCGACACUGUAUUCAACAGACUGACUGGACCUCAACCCCCUUGCAUCUUCUUUGAUGUCUAUUCAACAUUCUCUACAGCUUGGCAAUUAUACUGAGCUGAAGCUUCUCUCACUGGCAGGGAGCAGAAACACACCUGUAGGCUUUCUGAAAGACUUUCUCAUCUGCUUUGUUCUCGCUCUUUCUAACUGUCCCUUUCUCUACCUGAGCCCAGAUAUUUUAUACCAGUUUACCUAUAAAGUAAACCCUACUUGAAUUUUUUGACACUGUGUAUAGAACUCUUCCCCACAAAUAAGGACGUCCGUGGUCCCCCAUGCACAGCUGCCUCAUGUCCAACAUUGGAAUCCCUUCCUCAUUCCUAAGUCAGCGCAGAAGACUGGCCCCAGGGAUAUCGCUUAGACGACCAGUUGAUGAAGACUAGGGAGUUUUCCCAAGAUACUUAUGUCAUCAAUUCUAAGCAAGACAUCCAUUAACAGAAAUAGAGACUCUCCUGCGAGAACAGAUAUCUUACUAGUAAAAGAGACGAACUAUCAUGUGGAAACAAAGUGGGUUUCCCUUUUUAAACUUGUCUUUCAAGCAACCUGAAUGCUGCUGAAAGGGUGCUGCCAGCAGCCCACUUGAGAGAAAAACAUCCUCUGUUUAUCUGCAGAAGAGGUACAGCCUGUGUCUUCUUCUCACUAACCCACCAAAACACUUCAGCAUCUUUUGCAAGGAGCAAGAGUCCUCUCCGGGUCCUGCACAACAUUCAGCUCUUGGCUGCUCUCUCAAGCCUACGAGCCAGUGCAAGCCAAGAUAUUUGUCCUCGCAGCAAGUCCCUGUUCUGCCAUCAGGUCAUCUUCAUCUCCACUCCAUCCCUAGCACAUAUGGCAUAAGAAACCACCCAUGGACCAGCUCCUUCCACCACUGUAGCCUCUCAGAGAAGCCACUGGGACCCAACACUGCAGUCUGGUGGCUGAGGUCUGUAGGCAG